UUGCUACGGCCUAGACAAGAAAGACCAAUCACAGCAGAGCUUAUUGCAAUACGCUCUAGAUGUCUGGUUUGGAUUGGUGCGUUUUGUGGUGUACGGUGUAAUAACAGGAAGUAUCACAUGGGCCCACACGUGUAUGUAAAGAAUGUUUAUAAAGGUAGUGAAGGAUAUUCGAGCUUUUAUAUAAUGUAGCUUAUUUGCAUUUACACGGAUUAACUGGGGGAUAGUUAGUGGUCCAAACUUGAUAAUCAGGGUGGUAUCCGUUUAAUCAGUCGUUAGUUUUAGCCGAGUGUGUGUGGUCAUGUCUCAGCCAGCACUAUUGCAGUUUCACCAAGAGCUCAGAAAAUGCUUUCAGAGUUUAAAGGCGAAUCAGACUGUUUGGAAGGGAGUGCUUGAGGAAUGUACACCUUUGCUGAGUUCCUUGGGGAACCUGGCAGAACAGCUGAGGGCGCUGAAGAGCGUUGAAAUUGCAAACACUCCACUCAGUACUUUUCCAAACCUUCCAGAGCGCCUUCAGCACAAACUACUCAAUGCUGUAGACACAGUCCUGGGGGAAUUAAGUGAGAAAGUGAAUGCUCUUGGUUUGGUGCGAGAUUCUGUCUGUAAGCAGGUGGCUGCUGUUUUCCAGAUGUAUGAACAAAACUCUGACCUACUUCCUAUUAGCACAUGUGUGGCCAGAUCUGCUCUCUCGCCCUCUAUCGCCGACAUGCUGGAGUGGCUACAGGACGCGGAACGCUACUAUCGGAUGCAAUGCAUCCAGAGGAAGAACCUGUUACAGCUACUGAAGCCGGAUGAUCUUACACUCCUAGAGACAGCACCAAAGAGAUGGACAUCUUUAGAUUCGCCUAGAGGAGAGGACAGAAUUUCAGAUGCACUCUUUCAAGUGUCCUUCUUCAUGGAAUCUGAUUAAGCAAUGCCUCGAUGUGUGGAUUUCUGGAUGUGCUCUCAUCUUACGGCAUGUAUUUAAUGUCCUGAUUGGAAGAAAUAUAUUCCAGUGUCACUCUGCGCUAUAAUAACCAGAUGGAAACUCCGUAACCCAAGUUGUGAAGUUAAACGUCUGGCUCUUAUCCUCUCGGAUUACAACCGCUGCAUGAACUUGCUUUUGGUAGUUUACAGGAAUUAAAUCGUAGUUUGUUCCUGCGAAGAAUUCCCAACAGGAGCAUCACGGCAUCCUCAAUCAAUUCUGUUUUUAUGGACUUACACAGGAUCACUCUUUUAUUAUUAUUUCUACAGCUGUAGUGAUUUUAAUAAAAUACUUGUUUGGUUUGAUGCUGCAGACUUCCCAUCACAUGUAUACUUAUUAACACACACUUUUCAGUGUAUUCAGUAAUGAAUGAAUAUAUAAUCACUUCAAUCAGAGAAAGCAUGGUUACACCAACUGAUUUGGUUGCUUUAUUUAUCAUAGAACGUGCUUGUAUCAGUGUUUUGUUUACUUCAUGUAUGAGGGGGAAAAAAUCACAUUUCAUAGUAGUUUCAAACCAUUUUAAUUAUAUUUUCGAAGCACACAUUUCACAUGAACACUGGAAUCAUUUAAAAAAUUAGGUCAAAAUGUAGGAAUCUUCCUUUAGAAACUUCCAACAGAGUAAACUUAACAUUUCAAUAAUUGAUAAAUCAGAGAAAAAAAUACUUAGAAAUACUGUAGUGCAGUUAUCACUGUACACCCCUGUGAGAGCAUCAUAGUAGUGAAAAGUAGAAAAACAGUACAAAUAUUUAACGCUACCUCUAAAAAGACACAACACUACAGGGCCAUCUCUCCAAACUUAGUGCU